CAGCCUGGCACUUCCGCUCAGCUGAGGCGCAGAUGACGCCGGGACUCAGGCCGCAUUACAAAUCACUCCAUCCUGCCUGCACAAGAACACUACGUAGAACUGGAACUCAUAGGUUGCUGGACUUCUAAGAAACCCAGAUACCUGUCGACUAGCCACGGUUGCGUCGGACAUGUUGGGCCCAUCACUCACUAUGACCAACUGGUGCGCUCCGGGUUACUCAUUGAAGACGUUCUACAGAAGGCUGCACUUUGGCAGCUUGAGAAGCUGCAGGGCGAGAUGGAAAGAUAUACCAACCUUCCUCUAUCUUGUCCAAAGAGCGAAGAGAACAGGAUGGAUGGUGGUGCCAUAGCGUCAAGAAUUUUCAAACUAGAGCAUAGAGUUAGGCCUGAGGACAAAGUAAAGGACGGUGCUUUAAAGAAUAAAGACGAAAAAGUAGAGGAAUGGGACAGUGACAAGGAUUGUGCAAAGCCACCUCCCCCUCAGGGGUGCUACAUUCAUGGCGGUGUUGGCACUGGAAAAACGGUGCUAAUGGACAUAUUUUACUCCAAUGUAAAAAAUCCCAGGAAAAAAAGACUUCAUUUUAACGCCUUUAUGUUAGACGUCCACAGAAAGAUCCACCGGCUGAAGUCGAGUCUGCCGAACCGUAGCUCGGGCGAACUGACAGCGUCCAACCCCGUCUUCUCUGUUGCUAUGGAGAUGGGUGCAGAAACCUGCCUCUUAUGCCUGGAUGAGUUUCAGGUGACUGACAUCGCCAGUGCCAUGGUUCUCAAGCAGCUGUUUGAGGGAUUGUUCACAUGUGGCGUGGUGCUGGUGGCCACCUCCAACCGACCGCCAGAAGAACUCUACAAAAACGGUCUUCAGAGGGCUGCUUUUGUGCCUUUCAUCGAUGUACUCAAGGAGAACUGCUACAUUGUCAGAUUGGACACAGGAUUAGAUUACCGCAAGAGGGAGAUGGAACUGGCGGCCAGGAAACUUUAUUACACAUGGAGUGAACUCGACGCUGAGGUUGCCGUGAAUACGCUCUUCUGUGAAUUGGCGUCCAGACAAAACGAUGUAACCAGACCAAGAGCAUUGUGCGUGCAAGGCAGAGAGGUGACGCUGAACCGGACCUGUGGGACCAUUGCUGAUUGCACUUUCCAAGAGCUUUGUGAGCGACCAUUAGGUGCCAGCGAUUAUCUGGAGAUUGCGCACCAUUUUGACACGGUUAUUGUCCGGGGCGUUCCUCGGCUGAAGGUUGCACUGAGGGAACAAGCCAGACGCUUCAUUACACUCAUCGACAUCUUAUAUGACCAGAAGGUGAGGGUGGUGGUGUUAGCCGAAGCCCCUCUGUACCAUCUCUUUGAUGGAGGCUCUAUGUCUGGAGAGGAAGAGCGAGAUCGUCUGAUGCUCGAUGAGCUCGGCCUCACUAAUGGAGCAGGGAAGCGCCUAGCGCUCUUCACAGGCGAGGAGGAAAUUUUUGCCCUCCAGAGGAUGCUGUCCCGGCUCACUGAGAUGCAGACCAAGCAGUACUGGACUCAAGUCGACCAAAGGCUAAUGACAAAGAACUGUUCAUAGUGUUGGACCCUGUCACUGGCGCGCCCUGUGUGGUGUAAUGUAACUAGAAGAUUUCGUCAGUUUAUAUAAGGUUCAUAGGUAGUUCAUCAGAAAAGUAACAUGAGCACAUGAGCAAUGUAUACAUGUACAUGUACUUCCACGUUUAAAUCCGUAUAUGUACAGUGUGUGUUUUAUAAAUAAGAUAAAUAAAUAAGGGAAGGUAAAGAGCAUCCCCUAGUGGUCGCCUGUUUGGGACCAGCAGGAAAAAAAUAGGUGUUAAAGAAAAUAUUUGGAUCUUAGUAGGGAAAAUACAUCAUGUUUUAUGUGAAAUAGAUUAUAGA